AUGUUGCAAGAAAUAUCGACCUCGCAAAAAAUAAAGAACACAUUAAUAAUUAAUACAUAUCAAGAAAGCCACGAUGAUACAAAUGAUAAAAAUGCGUCUAUUCCUUCGAACAACUUCAUUUCUAGUGACAAAUAUGGAAAUGAUCAUCAGUAUCUGGCUAAGACUAUUCAAAACGGGCAGUCUUCUUUAAUAGAAGAAAAGUUUGAUAAAAAUAAUCAUCAGGUUAACAUUCUUGUUCAAACCGAAGAGCCUUUAGUGGAGAAACAUUUUGAUAGAGAUGAUCAUCAGAUUACUAUUCCCAUUCAAAUUGGAGAGUCUUUAGUAGAGAAAAUUUUCGAUGAUCAUCAGGUAACCAUUCAAACCGAAGAGCCUUUAAUGGAGGAAUUACUUGAUACUGAUUCGGAAGAAACAGAAGAUCC